AUGUCCGACUCAACUAUCAAGCCACCACCAUCGCUUUAUGAACAACUCGAUGCAUUGUCGAUUUCACCCAUUCCCUCGGGUAUUUUAUCGGGAGCUUUAUUUUUAAAAGCAUUAACCAAGACAACUUCAGCAGCAGCUAUACCCAAUUCAGGCACAUCGGGAUCAUCAUUUGCAUUUCACAAAACAUUGGCCGCAUCACGUCCAACGCGAUUAUCGUGUACAUUGUUUGGUUCAGCUAUGGCCUUGGGUACUUAUAUGAUGAUUGAUGGAGAUCCUUUGAAUGCCUCGGGUUUCAAUUUUGCUUGGCUGACUUUAUAUUUGAUUGUCAAUGGUAAAUCCUCAAUCCUGUCUAUCUUCAAAGGAAGAGUAACUCCAGUUGCGUUGUCAGGAUUGGCUCUUUUUGAUGCUGCGUUAUAUGGUAGAGAAUUCUUUUGGAGCAAGAGAAGUCCUUUCCAACAGUGA